GACGUGUGCUGAGUCCCGCCGACCUGGGCCGGACCGCGGGGCCGUUCGGCGAGCCUUGUAGCUGAAGUUGGCGGCCGAGAUGAGCGCCUUGAGAGCCGGGAGCGGGGCGCUCGCCUCGCUCGGGAGGGGGUACCGGUCGUGGCGGUACUGCUGCUGCCUGUGGUGGUGGUGGUGGGUCGCGGUGAUCGGGGUGGCGGUGGGCUCGGGGGAUCUGUGGCUCUCCGCGGAGGCAUGCCCGUCGCCGUGCUCCUGCAGCAGCACCAGGAUCUCCUGCGUGGACCCGGAGCGGGGGAUCAACGCGUUCCCCGUCCUACAGAGCGAGACCGAGAUGGAGAACAUCACCGACAUAUACAUAGCCAACCAGAGCGGGUUCUCCUCCAUCAACGACAAGGACCUGCACUACUACAAGAACCUCAGAAACCUGACGGUGACCAACAGCAGGCUGACAUAUGUAUCCAAGCUGGCGUUUCAGAACAACCUCAAGUUACAGUAUCUGAAUCUAAAAGAUAACAACCUGUCAUCGCUGUCCUGGAGGAUAUUCAGACACCUCAACAUCUCUUAUCUCAUUCUGUCCGGGAACCCACUGCACUGCUCCUGUGACAACAUGUGGAUCAAGCUGUGGUUGGGGGAGGAAGCAGACACCCAGGAGCUGCACUGCAUCGAGGACGGAGGAGGACGCAAGCUGCUGUCCAGACUGACACUACCUAACUGUGAGGUUCCCAUGGUGACGCUGAGCUCGUCCAGAGUGAGAGUGAAGGAGGGGGAGAACGUGCAGCUGUCGUGCACGACCUCGGGCAAGCCCUCACCUGAGCUGUUCUGGGACAUGGCGUUGGUCAGCAACUAUGAGAUUCUGACAUCGGGCCAGACGUCGGUGCUCAGACUGACCAACCUGUCGUCUCUGGACCACAACAGCAAAAUCAGCUGCAUCGCAGAGAACAUUGUCGGAGGGAAGGAAUCCUCUCUGCUGCUGGAUAUACUCUUCGCUCCUAAAAUCACAAAGCUGAGUGACGCGAUCGCAGACCAUCACUGGUGCAUCCCAUUCAGUGUGUCAGGAAACCCAGAGCCCAAGCUGCAGUGGUUCCUGGACGACAGGCCGGUGAUGGAAGGGCUGUACAUCCUGACAAUGAUCCAUGACAUCACAGAGAGGGAGUACCACGGCUGCCUCCAGCUCGACAACCCCACACACCUCAACAACGGGCGAUACAUGCUCUUAGCCUCCAACAAAUACGGGUCCGACAGAAAGGAGGUGUUGGCCCACUUCAUGCUCGGACCCGGAACAGACAAGGAGCCUUCGUAUUAUGAACUACCCACAGAAGGCCCUCCUGUGGACCCACCUGAGGACAGAGUCGCUGUGUAUGUGGUGGUGGGCAUUGCUGCUGUGGCCUUUACUGGUUUCCUUCUGAUGCUGGUUAUUCUCAAGUUCGGCGGAAACUCCAAGUUCGGCAUUAAAGGACCGUCGUCUGUGAUCAGUAACGAUGACGACUCCGCGUCUCCCCUUCAUCACGUCUCAAACGGCAGCAACACUCCGUCUUCCUCAGAGAUGGGCCCGGACGCAGUCAUCAUCGGCAUGACCAAGAUUCCGGUGAUAGAAAAUCCUCAGUACUUCAGGAGCACGAACAGCCUGCUCAAAACAGACACGUUCGUCCAACACAUUAAGAGGCACAACAUCGUGCUGAAGAGGGAGCUGGGAGAGGGCGCCUUCGGGAAGGUCUUCCUGGCUGAGUGCUACAACCUGUCCCCCGACCAGGAGAAGAUCCUCGUGGCUGUCAAGACGCUGAAGGAGGCGAGCGAGAACGCCAGGAAGGACUUCCACCGCGAGGCCGAGCUGCUGACCAACCUGCAGCACGAGCACAUCGUCACUUUCUACGGGGUCUGCGUGGAGAGCGACCCGCUCAUCAUGGUCUUUGAGUACAUGAAGCACGGCGACCUCAACAAGUUCCUCAGGGCUCACGGUCCGGAUGCGGUUCUGAUGGCCGAGGGCCAGACCACCAGGCCCGUGGAGCUGACCCAGUCCCAGAUGCUGCACAUCGCCCAGCAGAUAGCGUCUGGCAUGGUCUACCUGGCCUCACAGCACUUUGUGCACCGUGACCUUGCCACCAGAAACUGCCUGGUGGGUGAGAACCUGCUGGUGAAGAUCGGAGACUUCGGCAUGUCCAGGGACGUCUACAGCACGGACUACUACAGGGUAGGUGUCGGAGGUCACACCAUGCUGCCAAUCCGCUGGAUGCCCCCCGAGAGCAUCAUGUACAGAAAGUUCACCACGGAGAGUGACGUUUGGAGUCUGGGAGUGGUCCUGUGGGAGAUCUUCACCUACGGCAAACAGCCGUGGUACCAGCUCUCCAAUAACGAGGUGAUAGAGUGUAUAACCCAGGGCAGGGUGCUGCAGCGCCCCAGGACCUGCCCUAAGGAAGUGUACGACCUGAUGCUGGGCUGCUGGCAGCGGGAGCCGCACAUGAGACUCAACAUCAAAGAGAUCCACGGUCUCCUCCUCAACCUGGCCAAGGCCUCACCAGUAUACCUGGAUAUACUGGGCUGAACGCAGGAGGAGGGAGGAGAGUCCAUGGCUGAGUGUGUGUGUGUUUAGGUGAGGGUGGUCCGUGUGUGUGCGUGUGUGUGUGUGUGUGUGUAUGUUAGGGUUGGCAUGGCAACCUCUUAACGCGUGCAAAGCUCCUGCAAGCGUGUAUGUGCAAGGUGCUGCUGUACAGGAUGUGAAGUUGUUAUAAAACUCUUAAAGGCAAUCACAAAAAAGCCGCUCAGUUCAUCCCCAUUCAUUUCUCUCCCCUCUGCCAAUUUCCUCUCUAUUGUGCAUCUCGACUCCUUCCCUCCUUCCUUCCCGAGGAGACAGUAAUUUAGCUUCUGGAGAAAAACAGCUUCUCACGUCUUCUCAAAUGCUUUAAACUGACUGGGGCUGAAUUGAUGAAACCUGAUUAACAGGACUUUAAUUUAGUGACUCAUCCCUUCGCUGCUUGUAGGACAACAGGACACUUGUAAAAUUUCGAGGCGGUGCGGCUUCGGGGGACGAGUUUUUUUUUUCCCAGCAGCUUCGGUCCUUCUCCUGUAAAUAUGAGACUGAACAAUGAUGAGACGUCUCCACAGAAACGGCUCAGCGAGACGUCGAGCCACAAACAAGAAGUGUUUCGCCCCUCGCUGUCUGUCCCCUUUGUCUUUCUGUCUGUCUGUUUCUAAGAAGGACACACAAACAUUAAUGCCAGUAUUCAUCCAAGAUGGCGUCUGAGCGAUGAUUAACCAAGAUUGACGCGGAACAAGUUGGAGCAACUCGCCCGAUGCAGGAGUUGACGCGGCGAGAGGAUUUCCGGUCGGGCA